AAACACAACUCUUACUAAAGUAGACCUGGCAAUUGAGUUCAAUGACCGUGCUGCACCUGGAGAAACCCCACAGGCUAGCGAUGUCGCAACAGCUUUAGCAAGUGCUGUGUCCAAUCCCAACAACACCUUCAAUCUCACUGUUGUGUCCACUUCCAUUCAAGCAGUUGUACUGAAAGUGAUGUCAAGUCCAACAACUGUAGCCCCCAUCGUCACUACUGCAGACACCACUCAACAAACAUCCCACAGUGCUACACCUGCUUCAACAACAGAGAAUAGGGUGACAACAACAGAGUCAGACAUUACGACUCCCACUACUACAACUCAUUCUCCUCCUCCUGCCACUACUACUACUAGUACUACUACUACUACUACUACUACUACUACUACCAGCACUACAACCCUGGCUCCCCCAGCAGUUAUAGUUGUCACAGCAGUUUUGGUUGUACCAUUUACACCACAACUCUCUGACAGAAACAGCAUUGGAUUUAAGACUCUGGAAGUACAGGUUGUUACAAUUUGGAAUGUCAUUCUAAGGUCCAGAUAUGGUGCUUCAUUUCUAGGUUCAUAUGUCAUACAAUUUAGAGAAGCUGUUACCACAACCAAAUCAGCUAAUACUGAAGCAGAUGUGGGAGUUAACUUCUCUAACAGAGUAGACCAGGUCCCACCCGCUGUUGAUGUGGCAAACCUAUUAGUAAUGUCUUUGUCCAACCCCAACAACACCUACAACCUUACUGUUGUUCCCUCAUCUGUCCAAGCACUUUAUUUAAAUGCAACAUCAAACGCAACAACAGUAUCACCUACACUGAACAGUGCAACUGGUGUAACAUCAACUGCGACAACAGUGCCACCUACAUUGAACAGCACCACAAGCAUACAAGUGUAUACAGCCACCAGUGGUACAUCUGGAACUAUGAGUCCUACUGCCUCUGCUGAAGCACUUACUACAAAGAAUCUUGUUUUCAGAUCUAAGGAAACAUUUACUAGUGACUUAAAUAAUCCAUCAUCUGUAGCAUAUAGAAAUCGAGCCUCACUGAUAACAACAACACUUACUCCUUUCUACAACAAAGCAUUUGAUUCCUUUAAGUCCAUCCAAGUGACUGAUUUCAGUAAUGGUUCCAUUUACAACAGACUAUUACUCCGUUUUGCAUCUGCAUCUGUUCCUAAUGACACUGCAAUUGGAGAAGUUUUGAUCAAAGCAGCUUCAAACAUCACUUCCUUUAACAUUGACAUCACAUACAUUUUUGUGGAUAACACUCAAGUGUCAAGUGGAAUAAGCCAGAGGGUCAGCAUCAUUACUGCAUCCUGCCUGGUGCUUCUGUCGUGGCUGCUAUCAAAUCAACAAUAGUGUCAAUGCUCAUGUUCAUCUCAGAUCGCAAUUAAGAAACUGACAUGAAAAAAAAGUUAUGUUGCUAUAUGUGAAACCUAUAAAUGAAGAAACCCACAAACACCACAAACUGAACUAUCAUCAUCAUCAUAAUACUGCAAUUAUGUUAUUUAAAAUAUAGUUAUCAUUAUUCAUGUUAAACUUUGUUGUGUUAUACUUAAUUGCCUGUAAGAGAUGCUUUUAUAUAAAAAAAAGCAGUCCAGUAAUAAAAAUGUGAAGAUAGGUUACACUCUA